AUGCCAUCAGCUGGUCAGAUAGUCACUCUUGCUAGCUAUGCAGACAAUAUAAAAGUCUCUCAGAGAAUACAGAACCCUGGAGAUGUUGCGCACCUGCAAAAGGAGUUGGACGCAUUAUACAGUCUUGUCACGCGCCGGCAUCGCUACUUCAAAUGUGGUCGGACAUCGGUGAAAACCGCUCCUAUUCCUGGACGACCACAUUCCAUCAUUGAUGACGACACCAUCCAUAAAGUGGAAAUCGCCAUUUUGUGGGAUCAUCGCAUAACAAUUCAGCAACUAGCCCAAGAAGUGAAGAUAAGUGUAAGAUCCGUGGAAAAUAUCAUUCACGACCAUUUGCACAUGCGGAAGUUGUCUGUACGAUGGAUUCCUCGGAUGCUCACAUCUUUUCAGAAGCAGGAUCUAGUCAAUUUCUCCCAGGCUCUUUUGGUAAUGUGCCAAGAAAAUGAGGAGGACUUUUGUGGCACACUUAUCAUACAGGAUGAAACAUGGGCCCAUCGCUAUGAUCCUGAGACUAAAGUGCAGUCGCCGCAAUGGAAGCAUCAUGAUAACUCACCAACUCCAGAGAAGGCUCGUGUCCAACCCUCAGCAGACAAAUUGAAACUCACAAUCUUUUGGGAUCAGCGCAGAGUGGUGAUAAUGGAUUUCCUGAAAGGCACCACAAUUAACGGGGCAUAUCAUGCUACUCUGCUGCAGAGAUCGCGGGACGCCAUCAAAGCAGAGAGGGUGACAUACUGA